AUGUCGCUACUCAAAGAGCUCGAAUCUUUAGGGAUUCUGCUCGAAGAACACAAUCCUCGUAUUGUCAUCUUCACCACUCAGAUAGACACCAAAAUCACCGACUUUUUGAACGAUGACUACUGUUUUGAAGUGUGCAUUCGCAAUCUCUCUCUCCAUGACCAACUCAAGGUCAGAAAUGCUAAGACGGAUCGCGUAAAACGACUUGUCUCGUUUCUUUUCACAAAGCUUGUCCUCAAUUACUGUAUCUAUUUGCUGGGAGAGACAACUAGCUUUGACCCUUGGGGCACCCUUGAAUUCGAGUACAACGAAUUCGGGAAGCCUUCGCUCAAAAACUCCACGAGGUUCGUAUUCAAUUCGAGUAGUUCCAAUAAUAUGAUGGCCAUUGCCGUCCAGUUCGACGCAGCAACAGCUAUUGGCGUGGAUCUUUCGCAUGAAGUUCAAGAGUCCAUCAGUCCCGUCCGUUUCAUGGAGCAGUUUGAGGGCAUUUUCAGUCAACGAGAAAGGGAGUGUCUAUUGUCGGUUGCUGACUUGCAAAACCGCUACAUCGCAUUCAACCAGCUUUGGACAUUGAAGGAAGCUUUCACAAAAUACGUGGGAUGUGGUUUGAAUGUGGACCUCUCUACUUUUAGUUUCCAUGCUCCUUUAGGUAUGUUGAGCAUGCAGAAUUCCACAGAAGGAAAUGGUUUCGUCUACCAUUAUGACAUUGAUUGGCAAACGGACAUUUCUGUGGAUUAUCUGAACCUACCGAAGAUUUAUGCUCAAGCCAUAGGAGAGCGGGAACUUGCGUGUUGCACUGGCGUUUUAAAGUCAGAUACGGAUCUUCCUGUGCUCAUUUCGCUAGUGGGUGAUUUUCUGGCGUCGCUGAAUCCUUCCACAAAUGUGCAUUUGAACUUUUCCUCUAUUCUCCGAGGUAUAGUUGAUUAA